CCUGCACAUUUAAGGGUUACUCUCAAGGCCGAACUUUCAAACUCGAUGAGCACUCUUGAGACUAGUAUUGACUUGCCUGGAUUCAAAGGGGCUUCUUCUCCGAGACUUGAUUGAUAUUCGAUAUUUACGCCCAAGCAGAAAACAUGUUACUAGAAGUGGAUGGUUCAUGAUGUUCUUGGAUAUACUUCGCCACUACCGGCCUCUGUUCAUCUAUCAUGGUACCUCCUAUACCAACAGAUUGUCAUCUACACUACAUCCACUUGCAAAGCUCAAGAACAGACAGAUACGAUGAGCGACAUCGGCCAUUCGGACAAAAUCUCCUCUAUUGAAAAGCCUGCACUUUUCAAACUGCCAGAUAAAGGCGACUACAGCUUGGGUGCCGAACCGCCUUCUGCAUCCAACCGUCUAACCUACAACACUGACGACGCUUCUACCCUGGAGCGGUUCAAAAUCCGCGAGCUCUGCGAAGGCUGGCCUCUUCACCGCGAUGCCUGCGAAUGGUCUGAUCUGAGGGAGAUAUUCGAUCCCAAGGCCUUCAUAAAUAUCAGCUGGCAGCAAAACUACCGAGACAAGGCCAUUGAUACUUGGGCUGAAGGAUGGGCUAAGGGUGAAUUUAUUUGCCAUCGGGUUCUGGGUCACGCCGUAGAUAUCAAGGGUGAUCGUGCCAUCGAUAAAAUGAAGUGUACGAUUUCCUGGCGUUUUGCGGAUGAAAAUGGUGUUGAAUGGGAUAGCGGCUGUGACUGUCGCUUUGGAUAUUUCUUGAAGAAGCAGCCGCAGGGAUGGAAAAUCCUCUGCAAUCACCCCAUCUAUGAAAAGGACAAAUGUGUACCAGUGGACCCUACUCGACCUCCACAUAUUGACCAUGAGUCUCUAGACAAGGAGCCCAAAGGCUACCGGUUUCUGGCUUAUGGUAUGCGCCGGCUGGGCUAUCCGAUUAAGCAGAAUUUGCCCCAGUUGUUCGGCAAAGAGCGAGACAUGGUAUACAAGGAAAUGGCGGAGUGGCUGGAUGGUAAGGAUAUUGAUUUCUCUAAGGAUGACUUUUGACGUAUCUAUUCUGCGCGGCAUCCCAUUCAAGCUUUCUCAAACACACGUCUCUAGUUAACUAUUUCACUUUUGGUGGGUGUAUGUCGCUUCACUUGCUGGCGAACUGUAUCAAGAUCUCAUGUCCUUUGACUUUGGAAUUGAACCAUUCUUUUAUUUCGAUUCGGUCCUCCACAAUCGACGCACCACGCAGCACAUCUUCUUUGACCACGGUGAAAAUAGCCAUGGUGACUUCAUACAUGGCCAACGACUGGGCAAUGCAUGCUCUAGUCCCUUUGCCAAACGCAAAGAAUGCCGUGAGCAUUCUGUCGUCCGCGUUAUCCC